UAUGAAAAGCAAACAUUUCCAACCAUCUGGAAUAUUCUUGAUAUAUUUUUAAAUGUUUAAAAUACAAAAAUGAAACUCAUUCUUCACACAGCUGAUGAUUUUCCAUGCAUUCUGGAUGAACUGUCACAGACCUCUGAGUUGUAUGAUAGAUAUGGAGACUGUUUCCUAAGCAGACCAAAGGAAGGUGAAGGUUAUUUAUUGCCAGGAAAAGCAGGUUUUGUAUAUCAGGAAGCUGACGCUCUUCCCUACCCCUUCCUAAUCUUCACACUGUAGUGAUUCUGGCAUUGUUCCUGUUUCCAUGUCCCAUUCCUGUGCUGCCCCUCUACUCCUGACCCUGCCGAUCAGCCUGCCUUACUUGCACUGCUUUGCUGUGAGCCUGACAGUCGCUUGCCUGUGGCUGUAGUUUAAACAAGAGUGAAACUUUGGACUUGGUACACUGGAGUGUCUUUGGAACUGCUACCAGCCUGGAUUGAGUAAACUGCAGGAAAUGAAGCCUAGAGGACAUGCAGAUGAGCAAGACAAGGCGAAAGAAAGAAAAAACAAAACACGAUCUUUACCACUUUUUGGCAGUAGUAAGCCUGUAAAAGUAGAGGCUCACAGCUUCAAGGAUAAAGUUUUUAAGAAGAAAAAGCAGUGCGUGGUGUGCAAACAACCCAUUGAUGCCCAAGGUAUCCAGUGUCGAGUGUGUAAAGCAGUAAGUCAUAAAAAAUGCGAAGUCAAGGUGCCCUCUUCCUGCCAGCCUCCACCCCCUCCUGACUUGCAAAGACGGGGCACAGCACCGACAGCUCAAAUCGAGCAUCUGGGGUCCACAAAAGUACUGAGCCGUUCCACGCAGAGGAGUACGCUACCACGGAGUUUCACCGUGGAUCACAUAAUGGAGCGUAACUAUGACUUCGAUCUAACUUACAUUACAGAAAGUAUAAUUUCUGUCUUCUUUCCGUCUACUUUGGAAGAACCGAGGUACCGCAGUAACCUGAAAGAAGUCUCCCAGAUGCUGAAAUCCAAACAUGAAGACAAAUACUUGCUUUUUAACUUGUCAGAAAAACGUCAUGAUAUUAGCAGACUAAACCCCAAGGUUCAUGACUUUGGCUGGCCAGAUUUUCAUGCCCCACCUCUGGACAAGAUCUGUUCCAUCUGCAAAGCCAUGGAAACCUGGCUGAAUUCUGAUCCCCAGCACGUAGUGGUUUUACAUUGCAAGGGAAACAAGGGAAAAACUGGAGUAAUCAUUGCAGCGUAUAUGCACUACAGCAAGAUUUCAGCUGGGGCUGACCAAGCUCUCAGUACACUGGCCAUGAGAAAAUUCUGCGAAGACAAAGUUUCUGCAUAUUUCCAGCCAUCUCAGAGCAGGUAUAUCUCAUAUUUUGGUGGACUGUUAUCAGGAGCAAUCAAAAUGAACAGUAGCCCUUUGUUUCUUCACCAUGUCUUAAUUCCAGUGAUUGCAAACUUUGAAUUUAAUGCAGGCUACCGCCCAUUCCUGAAGAUUUAUCAGUCAAUGCAGUUGGUCUACACCUCAGGAAUCUACAACACCCUGGGAUCUUCUGGCAGAAAACUGGUCAUCACAGUGGAGCCUGCAUUGUUGUUAAAAGGUGAUAUAAUGGUGAAGUGUUAUCAUAAGAAAUACCAGUGCCCAGAACGAGAUGUAGUUUUCCGACUUCAGUUUCAUACCUGCACAAUCCAUGAAACCCAUCUGUGGUUUGGGAAGGAUGAACUGGAUGAAGCCUGUAAGGAUCACAAAUUUCCAAUUGAUGCCAAGGUGGAGUUUAUGUUCUCAUCAGGCCCAGAAAAAGCUAAAGGGUGGGAGAGCUUGAGAAAUGAACCCAGCAUCUCUGUGGACUACAACACCUCAGAUCCCACAGUCCGAUGGGACUCCUACGAGAAUUUCAACCUGCAUCAUGAAGACAGCUUGGAAGAUGUGUUACAUACCCGUGGACCUUUGGAUGGAAGUCUUUAUGCUAAAGUCAAAAAGAAAAGAAGUCCUAGCUCUGUCAGUAGUAAUGGGAGUCCAGGUAGUCCUGUCACUGAUAAUGGUAGCCGAUUUCUUUCCAUCAGCAGUGAUUCGGGCCAUUCAUCUGCAAUGACUGAAAAGUUGGAUGAGAGUGUGCCACCUACAAAGCAUUCACCAACGCCAGCGGAGAAGGAAGAGCUUGACCGGUUAUUAGGAGGUUUUGGAUUAAAUUACAGACAGGAGCAACAGUCCAAGUCCAACAGAACAACCCCACAAGCCAACAGUACUGGUUCUAAUGAUCGAGAAACUGAUAUUCUCGAUGAUGAUCUGAUAGAAACCGAUGGCUCUGGGACACUGCCCUCAUUCUCUGGAAGGAGGCGGAACAUUACUCGCAAUUGCUCUUGCAGAGUGGAUUACAGAUCUCAAACCUGUAGAGACCCUGACUGUCAGUCUAGUCCUGAAAGGCUGGAAAAUGGGACUUUUUACAAUUCCGAUGCUGCACCAGACAGGCAGAGGCAAAUCUAUGACAGACCUACUCCGCACAUGAACAGUAUACCCCAUGAGGGGUUACAUUAUCACAUUUCAUACAACCAGAUGAAUAAUGUUCAUCACCAUGAAGGUAUGUUAGAGAAGCAAAGAGGUCAACAGCCCUGCUCUGAUGGUCAUCCUGUGCAUGGUCCUCCUGGCUUUAAAUAUCCAUACAGUCAAGAACUGCCCAAAAGCCCUACCCAAGGAUAUGGCUUUAGGGACCAAGAUGGAUUUGUCUAUAAAUCUCCAAACUACCGAGAAGUGAUGAUUGUAGAAGGCCAUCCACUGAGAAGCCUAGAAUCCAGCAUGAUCACUCCUUCUUGUCCAUGUCUCGACUGUCAAACAAAAAUAAAUCAUGAGGAAGUGGACCGUUCUACUGCUGCUGCUUUUUACAAUCUUAGGCUUGACAGGGAUGCAGCAGCCAUUCGUCCAGAGAUGUGGCACCAUGGUCAUGUUAAAGAACCAGUACACCAGUCCAUACGAAAUGGUCAGGCAUACCCUCCAGUGCCAUUGCUGAUGCCAUCGGGAUCAUACAACCAGUUCCAAAGAGGCCAUGAAAUGACUGCUUUUGAUUAUCACUCUGGCCACACAAACCUUCCUCCACACAUGAAGCAUGGAUACCCCACUAGUGUUCCACACUUGCCACAUGAACAGCUCCAUAAGGGCCUGGAAGAAGGUGGCGAUUUUGUGCAUGUUUCAAGAUAUGAUCCAAAAUACAGUCCUGGUUAUUCUCCUCCACCUCCACAUGCCUCAUACACUUAUGCUGCCACUCAGUAUCAACAGCCAUCAUUUUGUACUAAUCAUAACUGUGGCAGGUCUCAUAGUGGACCAUGCACAUCAGUAGAAACACGAACAUGUGCAUCUGCAUACCACCCUCCUCAAACAGGGUCUAAAUCACCAGUUAAUGUGGCCUCUCCAGUGAUAAAUAAAGCAAAUAGCUUUGAGACUCAAGACAGAGGGACACAUGAAGCAUUCCAUAACUUCCAUAACAGCCAGGAGCCAUCUGUCAUACAUUCCUCACCUGAAGUAACAAGCCCUAUGGAGUCUGUGACGUGGAGGGAGCAGAUUCCUGGAUCCCAAAGCAGUCUGCGCAGACACCAUCGAGAGGCUCGGGUCAUUUGUACUACCCCUUCUGACAUAUCUGGACCACCUACCCCAGUGCACACCAGUAGCCCUGUACAAAGUCAAGAAAGCCCUGAAACACCAGAAAGUGAAAAUAGAGUGACUGGCACACAAUUGCAGCCAGCUGAGAGUAACCAAGGAGGAAAUAUGCAUGCUAACUUACCAGUGAAUAGUGGGUUAACUGUACCUUCUCCAGGAAGAGAAGGGGAGGAGUCUACAGGUGGACCACAUAUUACAGCUACAGCCCAGUCACUCACCUUUGGAUCGCAAGAGAAGAUUACCUCCAUCUCAAGUGAGUUGCAUGGAUCACCACAGUCAUCUUCAUCCAGACCACAAGUAAAUGGUCAUCCCGGUAACUCUGUUUCACAACAAACUGCUGCUCAGAUGAGCCCUUCUAGAUUGCAAGACAGUUUUCCACAAACUCCAGCUGAACAGGAAGCAAGAGCCCACAUAACCUCAUCUGUAACACAUGAGAAUAUUCCGUUUGUCUCACCUGGGUCACAAAUAAAUCGUCAAGCAGUCACAACUUUGAACACUGGUGUCAACAUUUCUCCAUACUCUACUGAACGACCUAGAGACCUACCUAUUCAUCAACCAGGGCAUUCUGUGAUUACACAUGUCAAUGGAUUUGACUCUAAUUAUACCCAACAAAGUCCAGGCUCUCUGCAUCAUAUCCACUCACCAAGUUUUCAUAGCAGUCUACUGACGAAGCAAUCAAGUCUGAGGCCUUCUGCCCCAUGCAGUCCAUCAGCUGAAGAAAAAAGGAUGAUCUCGGGUCCUCCUCAAGAAUCUGGGUUAAAUGGACUCUCAGGCAUUGGUAGCCAGCUUGUUAGUCAUUCUGAUGUCAAUCAUCAUAUGCCUGUGACUUCAGUUGCCAGUCUUUCCUAUCCGCUUUCACAUGAAUGUUAUAGCCCCUCACUGUGUCAUGGGAGCCCACAUUUGCAAACCUACAGCUCGGAGACUUUUUCAGGCCAGAAUGUAACCAGCAGUUCAGGAACCUGGAGUCAAAAGCUCCAGGAAGGACGCCAGUUACCUCCUUGCUCUGUCAAUGCCUACAUGCAGUCACCAACGCAGUCUUCCCAGGGAAGCCCCUCAGACUUGCAGGGUUCUCCAACACCCUGUUUUCCAUUAUCAACAGCUUACUACAGUGGGAGGGAGAGCUCCUCACAACCUGAUUUAACUCCUCACUUUUUCAAUGAUGGACAUGAUCAAGGAAGCUUUCACUUUGCUCACCAGCCUCCACUUCCAGAGAAGCGCCGCCAUUCUGGACUCACUGAGAAGCCUGCACACUCUGCAGGAGGCCAUGAAAAGAGUUUAACUUUAGGCCGAACUCAAAGCACUUCCAGUCAUGUGACAUUUGCUCCAAUGGUUUCUGAUAUCCUGUCUAAUUCACUGGAUGGCCAGAAUGAUUACCAAGUAAAUGCCAAGUUUGUCCAGGACACUUCCAGAUUCUGGUACAAACCACACAUAUCAAGGGAACAAGCUAUUUCUGUAUUAAAAGAAAAAGAGCCAGGAUCAUUUCUGAUUCGAGACAGUAAUUCAUUCCAGGGAGCAUAUGGCCUUGCUCUAAAAGUAGAAACUCCUCCACAGAAUAUCAACACACAGUCUUUUAAAGGAGAUCCAAGCGAACAGCUUGUCAGACACUUCUUGAUUGAAACUGGACCUAAAGGGGUGAAACUUAAAGGGUGCCAGAAUGAACCACACUUUGGAAGUCUUUCAGCUCUGGUCUACCAGCAUUCAAUCACACCAAUAUCUCUACCAUGCAAACUCCUGAUUCCUAAGAAAGAUCCCCUGGAGGAAAAUCAGGAAGUUAGCAUUCCUAGCAACAUGAGCACAGCAGCAGAGUUGCUAAAACAAGGAGCAGCUUGCAAUGUUCUCUUCCUUAGCUCUGUAGAGACAGAAUCUCUGACUGGUCCACAGGCUAUUUCCAAGGCUUUGACAGAGACCCUUGGGAAGUCUCCACGACCCAGUGCCAUUCUUGUUCACUUUAAGGUUUCAGCGCAAGGCAUCACUCUGACUGACAACAUGAGAAAAAUGUUUUUUAGACGACAUUAUCCUGUAAACAAUGUAACAUUCUGCAGUGUGGAUCCCCAGGACAGAAGAUGGGCAAAUCCUGACGGGACUACAUCAAAGGUGUUUGGCUUUGUUGCAAAGAAACAGGGAAGCAGUUCAGAAAAUGUCUGCCACCUUUUUGCAGAAAUGGACCCUGAACAGCCAGCAUCUGCCAUUGUGAAUUUCAUCACCAAAGUCAUGCUUGGUUCACAUAGGAGGUGAGUUUGAAGAUGUUUUGUGGACAAUGGGGUUGCAAAGAAAGCGGAGGAUAUUAGUGAAUGGUACAACAGAACGGAAGCACUGGGGCUCUUCACUGCAACUCUUCUGAACUGAAGCCCUUCCUUCUUAGGAUUUGGGAUGUACUGUAACCAAGUGAGUUGGCCUUACAGCUAUGCUAGGCAUGCUGAGGAGAGUAGAAGGCUGUACAUCCUACUUGGCUGCAGGUCCAUUGUGCGAACUGGAGUUUUUGUAUUUGUUGUAGAAAAGGAACACACCAAAGGAAAUUCACUUUUUGUGAAUCUGAUCACAAGUGCUGCUCGUGUGGAUUUAUCCUAAUAUCACUGAAUAGUUUCCAAGUCGUGGUAGCAGUACUAUUACAAGACUUUAGAAACUGUGCCAUUUUUUAUUGCCAGGCUUGCCAUGACAUUUAGAACUUUAUAAAAGCAGGGAACUAACCUUACUUGGCAUCUCAACCUAAUGGAUUUCACUGCUUGGCAGAAUUAAAAAAAACAUUUAUUUUGCCUACCAUUAUUUGAAUGAUAUAUAUAUAUAUAAUGAUAUAUGUAUAGAAAGUGUUGUUUAUCCUCCACAUCUACCAUGUAUGUAUCAUUCUGUUUCUGGUAUGGUCACUAGUAGAAGAUGUCCAAGUGAGUGGCUCAUUGGAAUGCAGAAUUAUGAAGGGGUCACAAACUCUGAAAGUCUGGUUCAUAGAGCCUUCAGAUGUAGAACCUUGCAAUAAUUCUGAAUGUUUUGUCUGUUUGUGUAUAUACAUAUAUAUAGUGUAAGGUAUGUUUCUGUAUAUAUAUAUUGUAAUAUACUUACAAGGUAUGUGUCUGUAUGCAUGUGUACAGUGUGUGUUUUGAAAAUGUGCAUAAUUUUCACAGCAGCAUAUACAAAUGCUUUAAAAUCUGUUUGGUUAUGAAAAUUCACUGAGUCUGUUUUUAUAAUAUGGUGAAGACAGGACAACAUUCUUCAUAAAGAUAUUGUCAAAGCACUACAUAACUACUUGUAUUUUAUGCCAAGUAACACUCUUGUUCAUACAUCAGAGUAUAUUCAGUGCUUGCUUUGAAAGAACCUUUAUGUACUGUGAUUUGGUAACUUAGCUUUCCACAAUGCUCCUUCUUACAGAGAAAUAUUUUCAUAUAUUGCCUGCUAAGUCUUCCAUGAUGGCAACCAUUUAUCGUGUAGCCUCAUUCUGUUACUCCACUUAAGCCAAAGACCUGAAGUUACAUGGAACUACAGUUACCAAUAAUGUUUUAAAACAAUGCAGCAGCAUUUGUAAGAAAUACAUCUGGAAAUUAUUUUAGUGUUAGUGUACAUACAUAGUAACAUACCUCCAGGAUUUUUGCCUCUGUUUUUUUACUCCCUGUUGUUUACACACCAUAUCACCUUCCCUUCCUAUAGCUUCAUGCACCACAGUAGGGGCUGUCAAUCAAGCAGCUGUCAGGGAAUUUCUGCUUUAGCUGAGAACUCACUCCUCACAGCAGCAUUUACAGGGUAGGACUACUGUUGGCCCAUGUACACUUUCGUGUAUGUACCUGUCUACGGCACCAAUGCUGCAUUGAGGAUGAACUUUCUUGUUCCUUUGUGUUGCUUGCUCGUACCUUCAGCCUCUGCUGGUUGCAGAUGUGCAGUGGACUGGAAUGACUGUGUCCCUCCAAUAUGGGUCUCUUCUGGGUGGCAGAUGUGCAGAAGACUAGAAUGACUCUGUCCCUCCAGGAUGGGCUUCUGCUGGGUAGCAGAUGUGCAAUGGGCUGGAGUGACUGUGUCCCUCCAGGAUGGGUGAGUCGGCAUAAGCCACCCAUGCCCACUUUCUGUGGUCAGCUCUACCAGUGCCUGAUUACCAAUCAUUUCCAGAAUGGGUUACAGGGCAUGCUUUGUCCAUAUCUGAUACAGAGUUGGACAGGCACUUUCAGAAUUUAGAAGUUGUGCUGAGGAUCUCAUGUCAUGUAUUACAUUAAUAGGUAUCUGACAUUACUGUGUCUAACUUAGUGUUUCAAUACCUGAGCAUUUUCUCAUUGGAAGAUGUAGCUUGCAAAAACCAUCUCAGUGAGUUAAGAGUGUAAUAAGAAGCUUAAACCAUGGAUUGCAGUUCCCCAGACCCCCAGUACGCAUAUAUGCAUACAUCAUUCUGUGCAGUCUAGCUCUGGCUGUGGAUGUGAGACAGCAUUUCACUGUGGUAGGGCUGUUCAAAUCUACUUGUUCAUACAGGAUGACUGUCAUGCCAUAAUGAGUUGGAAUUGUUUCGACCAAGAAGCCACACAAGUUUUGCUGUGCAUUUCCAGUACUAUGGACUGUUUAAAAGAUACAGGUCAAGUUUAUUGCAUUGAAUUUCCCUUGUCAAGAAGCAGAUGCUGUUAACUGCAGCAAAUCCUUCCUUUUCUGCCAAAGUGAAAGCAUCAGUAUCCUGUACUCUGUCAUGUCCAUCAGUCACUGAUUCAGUUAAGGUCCCAGACUUUCUGUAUGGUGGUUGAGCCGAGUCAUGUCUUGUGAAGAAUAUCUUUAUGCUACCCUGUGAUACAAGUACAUCAAUCAUUUUGGAGGAGACAGAUUUUCCUUGGACAAGACAGUUACGUCUGCACAAUAACUUACACCCUGUCAGUCUGGAUUAGCUGAGUAGUUUUAAGGUUGCAGAUAUUGCCAGGUGAAUUUUAAGUGCCUUAGAGCAUUAAUGUUGUUGACUUUGCUAAAUAGAUGCUUGCAGCCCUUAAAGGUUACCUGUGGCUCCCUUAGCUAUCCCAGAUGGUUUAGUUUACAGUGCUUUCUUUUUAAAGUUACACUUUUUAAUGCAUUACCAUUCCUUUAAGUAAAAUGUUUGGGGUUUCUACAUGAUUUGAUGAAUGUGACGGUAUAAAAAAUAAUUAGCAGCACCAUCCAUGCCUUGAGGAUGUUAAAGAGCUGUGAGGGAGUCUUGUUUGUUGCUUUAUGUCAUUUAGGUGGUCUCAACCAAUAAAAUACUUCAUUGUUAAGAAGUACUCUAGGGUUUCCUUAAGUUGUUGAAUAUAAUUUUUAAUGAAAUAGGACUUAAGUUUUCAGGAAACGUGCUUAUGAGGAUUUGACCACUAAAAUACAGCCAGAAUAGAUGUAAAUAGCUUCUACCUGAUUUUUCUACCACAUGGAUCAGCAUGUGGUUAGCGUUCGGGAACUUUUCACUUGUCAAAGUGUACGUAGUCUGAAAUAUUUACACUGAAAAGUGGAAACACUAUAAUACAAGGAAUUAUCUUGGCAGUAUGAACAUUGGCUCUAGAUAAUUGUCACUGUUUGAUGUGACAUCCCAACCCCAUGCGCAAAAGUAGGAAAAGGGGUUAUUGAUGGGUGGACGGAUUAAAGCAAACUGGCUUAGCUAUAUGAAGUUAUUUAAAACUGAUGGUACUCUGUUGAGAGCAUUUUAAAAAGAUGCUGCAUUACCAGUCUCACUGCCUAGUUCUUCACACAUACUCUUAAAUGGCACAGUCUGUAGAAUAAUAUAGAUGAUAAUCUGACUGUUUCUUUCUUCUGAAAAUUAACUGGAGCAGUACUGUUGUUGAUUUGUGAUUUUGUCUGUCAUCUUUUGUGCUAAGGCUGAACUGUGUAUGACUGCAGUAACUUUAGUUCUGCAGUCAUUGUAUUGCUAAAUUUGCCCUUUGUCUCCAACAUGAAGCAACUUCAAAGAUGGUUAUGAAAAGUGGGAAGCACAGAGGCACAGUUCCAUACAAAAUAGUCUGAGGAGAAAAAGUCUCCUAAGUAGAGUACAGCUUUGCCUUAAUUAUAUUUCUUCAGAACUUGCCAUUUUGCUGAUUCUGUGAUGAAUGCUGAUUUUUUUGACUGAAGACACUUUUGGACAGUUGGCAAAGGACCAAAAUAAAAAAGUAUCACAAUUUUUUGGACUUGGGAACAUUUUCAACAAGAUGUAGUUGGUACUGGUUCAUCUAUCAAUUUGCUGGGAUCUUAGUCGAUAAGAACUCAACUCAAUGAGUUCAACUGAUCAGGAACUCAACCCAAUGAAAAUUUUAAAAGCAAGCCUUUUUGUGGCUGACCCCCUCUCCCAAAUUUAUAAAAAAAAAAUUCCACACACAAAAAAAGCAAAGAAAGAAAAAAAAAAUUGGAAAACAAAACUAAUUACUACUGGCAUAUGCUUAGUAAGAACACUGAACUGACACUGAUUUGAAGUGGAAAACAGUAAUACGGGAGUUCAGUAUUCGGAUUUGAACUCUGUGAGUUCAGUCCCCAUCAAGAUGGUACUCAAGAAGUUGAAGAGAAGCAUGUGUGUUGUAAUGCAGUAUGAAAGCAAAAUGUUACAUAGCAGAACUGAAGUUUUUGCGAGGUUUUUCAAAAUGUGGACUAAGAAUGUAGGUGAUUUUGAAGCUAAAAAAAACUCCCACGUAGUUCCUAAUGUAAAGGAUGAAGCAGAUGAAAAAAACUAUAACAUUACUAAAUUCUAGAAUGGAGAAACAGAUGCAGUGGUCAAGUUUUUAAUGAGACAUCACAGGUUGAAAAAGAAUGUCCUUGCCGGUUUAUGACAUCAGGGGUUAAAUGAACGAAACUAGGUGUUGUACAAUGGCAGCGCACUUCAUGGAUUAGAGUUUGGAAAAAAAUGGAAACGUACCAGGAAGAUGGGUCGGAUGAGAGGAGGUCCUAUGAAAAGUUUUGUAAGAUGUGAAUGUGUUUAAUAUUCAUCAGACGUCUCAGUGAGAGGACGUUUGUCAUAUUUAUAAACACAGAAUGGGACAGAUUGUAAGGGUAGCUACAUAACUGGAUCAACAAAUUGACCAGCACAGUGGGGCACUUCUUACUACUCCUUAUGAUUAUGCAGGACAGUCCAUAGUGUAAAGGGCUUUUUCACCUUAUCAAAGAAACUUCUACUGAGUUUCUUUUAUGUGACUGCAUAUGUAUAUUAAUUUGUAUGUUCAUGCUGUUCUGUAAUGUUUAGAAGAACACUAGAAGAUACUUUUAUCUGCUAAAAUGUCAUGACAUUUGACUCGUAACAGUUGCUCAAAUCAGAAUUAUUCUAGGAAAACUGUGACAGGUGAUAGGAUUCUUCCUUUUUGAUUUGUGAGAUGUCCAAAGAGUACAUAAUAAUAAUAAUAGUCCUUUCCAAACCUUCUACAUUCUGGAAUGGAUAUUAUUAACUGUUUGGGGGGGGGGGUGCCUCCUACAGUGAAUAUGAAUGUGCAAAGAGUGGGAGGAAUGUUACUUUUUAGUAUUUUCUGUUCUCAAGAAAGUGAUAUUAAACUAUUUGUGAUAGGGAAAAACUGCUUCACUGUUUAUAUGUAAAGUAUUAUUAUGAAAGAAAACUAUGAUCCUGUUGAGCUCAUCCUAGUAUCAAAACAUAUUUCAUUAUGUAUUUUUUAUGAAACACAUUUACAGAAGAAACAAAUUAUGCAUUUAUGUUAGUUUGGCGAUUUGUAUCUUUUUUAUAUUAGACUUGCAGUUCUUUAUGUAGCAUUAAUUCUGGAUGUUUUUUGGCUGAAUGAGUACUUGUUCGAUGAAACACUAGAAUUGGUGUGGAGGUGUGUGAAUGUCUCCCCUGCAAUGUGGUUAGUAGCACUAAAGCAGGCAGAGGGGUGUAUCAAUUUCUUAACGUGCACAGAAAUGAGUAAUGCCAGAGCUACUUAUCUGAGUGUCUAAUUUGCAGAAUGAUGUAAAAUGCCAAUGAUAAAAUGAAAACGGCACAGUGCUAAUUAGGUAACUUGCAAACAGAUAUGUAGAACUAAUGCAGACAUGGGACGUGGGGGGGGGGGGUAGUUGCCUUGGCUUGUGAUGUACGAUUCUAAAGUUGGUGUGCAAUUGUGCAAGUGUUUUACUUGCAGACGAGGUAACACUGAGUCUGCCAUGGGAUGGGACAAGACCCUGUCUUUAACUGAGGCAUGCACUGCUAAAACUACUAAAUCUAGAAUGUGGCUAGGCAUUUUAUUUGCAAGGACAUGCAACACUAAAGCUAAAUGGGGAUCAGAAAGCAGUUAACAUAAGACAUGGAAGCUCUCAAAGUGGGCGUAAUUCUAAUUAAUAGCAUGGCAUGGCAUGCCAUGUUAUACUGAGUGGAUUCACAAGGAAUGUAAAUGUAGAAAAAUGUGACCACAACAGAUAAACCUAGAUGGCUGAAACCAAAUUACAAGAGGUAAAAGAAGUAAAGCAUAUGUAUGAGACUAGGAUGUUUUUAAAUCACUUUUCUGCAGACAGGAAGGAUAUUUAUAAUUAGAGGUGAACUUUUCAAUAGAUUUUAACUUGUACUCAAGAUGGUAAGAAAAAGGGAAUUUAUAUAUAUAUAUAUAUAUAUAUAUAUAAUGUGUGUGUGUGUAGAUCUAUAUUUAUCUAUAUAUAUAUAUAUAUAUGUGUGAGUACACACACACACACACACACACACACAUUUUUUUUUCCUAUUGCCUUCCUGCAGUCAGGUUUCUGUACACCAGUUUCAAGAGGGACCUGGCAUCAAGCAGAAGUCAGGGUUUUCUAGCUUAGGUCCCACAACUACUGCCCCUAUGGCUGCUUUUCCACCUAGAUUGGUAACAAUAUCAAGCCCAUUUGAACGCGCAUGCACUUAGUCUCACAUGACACCCCAGCUACAACACAAAUUAGUGACCUCUGCACAACAAUAUGACCCAGUGCACAACUGGUGCAGUAUUACAAAAUGACCCAUUGCACAACUGGUGCAGUGUUCAUCAUCUCCAUAAGGAACAAGCACUGUAAUGGGAUCCCAGUGCACAAGUGGUGCAGUGUUCAUCGUCUCCAUAAGGAACAAGCACUGUAAUGGGAUCCCAGUGCACAACUGGUGCAGUGUUCAUCGUCUCCAUAAGGAACAAGCACUGUAAUGGGAUCCCAGUGCACAACUGGUGCAGUGUUCAUCAUCUCCAUAAGGAACAAGCACUGUAAUGGGAUCCCAGUGCACAACUGGUGCAGUGUUCAUCGUCUCCAUAAGGUAUAAGCACUGUAAUGGGAUAAGCAGCAUUUAUUUCUCCAGAGAAAACAAGCAGGCAUUAAGCAGCUCACUGCCAUUCUGUUUGGAUGGCUUGUGAAGCACCUGGAUUGCUGACUGAUCCCAGAUCCUCUGGGGUACUAUCAAGGUGUCAUCCUUUUGUGCACAAAACUGGCACUGUUAACAGUUAAAGAUGUAGUGCAUGCAUACUGGAUGUAGUUUGUAAGAAGAUACAUAUCCAGAUAGGACAAUGAAGCUGUAUGUCCAUUUUUCUGAAAAUAAAAAUAAAUAAGGUUUUAGGAUGGAGCAGCACCCAGUGGUGGUAGAGUACAGAGCAGGAAUGUGCUGCUUUCAUGCUGAUCAGGCAUGCUUACAGAAUGCAAUGGUCUUGUGGUACAGUUUAACAGACAGUUUGGAAAUGAAACCACAAAUGAAGCGUUCGGAUCUUCAAAGAAACAAUCUUCAAAGAAACAAUAUGGAAUUGCAGUUAAGCCAGUCAGUGCUGCUUGCAGAAAUUUGCUUGAAUCUCAUCAGCUCCCGGGUGCAUGAUGUGUCACCCUCACAGAGUUAUUUAAUCUCUUACAGUCCUUCUUAUAAGAAAAAUGACUCUGCUGAGGUCCAUCAACAAACUAAGAUAUAUAUGUGUACCUGUGCAUACAGAGAUCCUUGUGUGUUUCAUCACUGAAGAGUCUCAUACAAAAGAACAGUCAUGAUUUAGCUGCAUUGCUGGUGCAGACGGUUAACAGAAAUAGAGUGGUGUAUUGGGAGGUCUGGGUUCAUGUCCAAGCCAAACCCUUAGGCUGGAAUUCACAGAUGCCAUCUGUGUGCUAAUACUUGAAUUCAUUGUGCAAGCUGAAUUAAUUCUCCUUAGAUAUGUAUUAGCAUUAUCUGAAGAUCACCACCAUCUUGGAUGUGGCUAUUGCAGUGGUUAAUUCUCCUUGUGCUAUAUGUCUGUGAGUCGCAGCCUUAGUUUUUCUUGUAGUUGGAAAUUUCAUGAUCCAUACCUUACCUUGCACUGUUUUGAUUGUGACAGUGUCAUUGAAACAGGACAGAAACAUUUUUUUUCAAUCAACAUAUCUUUUGCAUGUUUCUGACAGUAUACCUUUUCAGUACUGCUAAAAAAUGUCCUGAAACAGGCUUAAGUAAAAAAAUAGGUAACCAUAUGUUCUUAAAUAAAAUAUCUAACAAAAUAUUUAACUAUAAACUAUGAUAAAUAUGCCAAUCCAAAAAGUAAAUACACUCUAGCACUUUUCAUUCUAGAAUAUGUUUUAAAAAGUUAAUACCAGUAUGUGCAUGGCAUGGCAUAAGCUUGGCUGCGCGCAUGAACUUAGUAAAGGUAAGUAUAUUUCCCAAAUAGACUUGAUGACUUGCCCAAAUUAAAAAAAAAAAAAAAAAAAACAGGUUCAAUUCCUUUAUGCAUAGCACAAAAUAUAAAAUAUGUUAGGAAACUUUCAAAUAUGAAAGUAGCAAUUACAACAUUAUUUACAAUAACAAAGAAGAUCAUAAUCUCAAAUUAAUGUUAAUAAUUGGAACAGCUUGAAAACAGAAACAUAUUCUUAUGUUGUUCAAUCUAAUCUGAAUAUCAGAACAGAGGAAAUGUCACAAACCAUUUUUAUCAUAUUUCAGAUAACGGGUUCAGUAAUUAGAUGCUAUGUAGUGAAAUGCUAGAGUCAGAGGUAAAAAUCACUUUGUAUAAAUUGACAGAAGCUAUAAAUAUGCUGUAGCCUAUUAAACUAUGUGAGACGUUGAAAAUGCUUAGAAAAAAAUUCCAACAUUAUUGAAAGACUUUUUUUUUUCCUUAAAUAUGUGUUUUGUCACUGAAUGCAACAUAUCUGAUGUAGAGGCAGUAGAACUGCAGUUACUUAUGUCUGUGAUUUGUUUAGUUAAAAUUCAGCAGGAACUUUACAAGUCAGUUGUAGUCACUUUUUAACAUUGUGUAUGAAUGUACAUAUCUGUUGCAUUCAUCAGAAUAGACACAGGAUGACAGGUGACCGCUCAGGGUACGGGUUCAACAACAGAAUGACUGUCUUGCAGACUAUAAAACUUUCAGCAUACUCUGGCCCAAACAGUUAAGUUUCUUUUCUUCCAGGCUUUCUUGUUUAAUGACCUUACGACACAGAAAUGCAUUUUUAACUGUUUUAGUCAGGUGAUGCUGUCAUCCACAGCCAAGCUGGAGUGACACAGCUGAAGUAAUGUGACCAAGCCUAUAUUUUACUGAACAAGCAAUACAAAAAAAAUAGUGUACAUUUCAGUGCAUCCCCUCCAUCCAAUCAACAUAUGAAAGAUGGCAGGCUUCCAGAUUUGUUUCUUUGUGAGAAUUGCUGUAUUUGUUUUCUGCAAUGAAGAAGAUGUUGAUAUUAGCAUCUGUCUUACAAAUUGUAUUGUAAACCUGAGGGAGCUCUGAACCUAAGAAAACGAGUGCCCAGUGUGAAAGCAGAGAUUGUACCUUUGCUAACACAAUUAACUGCAGUGGAAGCUCGAUUUUCAUGCAGUAGAUGGACAUCAUUUUUCAUCAUAUUGCUGGUUUAUAAACAAAUGGACUUGUUGACUUCAGUAAUGAAAAAUCUGAGCAGAGGAAACUUCUCAGGGCUGUUAGCUCUGUCUGAAAGCAUUGUAGAAAUACAUUUUUAUACUGCUAUGUGCUUUAAUAAAAAAACAGUAGGUGUAUCUGUAUAGGCUUAAAUGUCUAUUUUGUCUAAUGGGAAAUUUAUAUAAGCUUUAGUCAAGAGACGUAUAAUAUAUAUGUAUAUCUAUUCUGUUGUAUUUGCCUUUGUAUGUUUUUAAUAUAUUUUUCUUGUGCUGUCACAGGAAAAAACUGAAGGAUACUUUUUUGGAAAAGAAAUAUAUAUUUUCUAUGUUUUUUUCAUUAAAAUGUAUGCCAAAAAGAAGUUUGUUAAUAUAAGUGUAUAGUAUGAAUGUGUUUUAUUUUGGAAAUGGUGUACUUGUAACUCUGGGAUUAUUGAAUUUAGGUGUGUGGUUCUGGUCAGUCUCUCCACAGAUACAAAUGAUCCCAAUGAGGUGUUUUUUCUUUAAGUACCUUUUAUGGCACAAUUAGAAAUAAAAAUGAUCAAACAGGAUUCUCUCACUUAAUAUUUGACAAUUUCCUGUUUCUUGCUGGUCUAAAUACAAAUGAAAAGGAAACAUUUGCAAAUGUGUCCUAGGGGUGGCUGUUUAAUCCUUUUCCAUUUCCUGUUCUGAUCAUUUCUGGCUCUGUGGUCCAAUGCGACACUUUUUGAUGCAUGAGUAAACAAUAUAGGAUUCAUUUUGUUUAUAGGAUAUGUUUGUGUAUGUUAGUUAUUUUGCAUUCAUGCAGCUACACCCCUCUCCCUCUCUGUACAUACAUACAUACACACACACACACACACAGUUUCAUUCAUCAUCAUAUUUGUUUUCGUUGCAUAGCUUUGUUCAGAUGCGCUGCAAAUGUGUAUGUGCAUACAGUACAUAUAAAUGUAUUUCAAGUAUAUACAAAAUAUUGUAUCCAGAGCCACAUAUGUAGGCACUUGAUUGUAUGUACACACAUGUACAAGAACACAUACACAUGCAUGUUUAUGCAUUUAAGAAAAGAGAUAUAUGUAUGGCAAUGUGUGUGUUAAAUAAAGUCCUCCUCUGGACAAAUAUGACAAUUCCUUACUGUCUAGGGCACGGUCUACUAAUUUUCUUAACAUCUGUUUUAACACAUUGGUGUUGAAUAUUAGCUGUUUGAGCUGAUUGAAUGACAACUAUUGCUACUCACUUGCCCACAGGUGAAACUUCAUCACUUGUGCUGGCUGGUGCCAGUGUUGCACAGGUUUACUACCUGGACUGUGUACAGUUUAUAUACAGAUGUAGUCAGCACUGUCAUAUACAACGGGCAGAGAAUAUUGGUUGUGUGUAAAUCCCAUGUCCGGAUCAGUGCAUUAGCUCCAUUUUGUGUGUUAGCUCUGAAUGGUCCUAGUGAAUACACUGAUCACUGCAUCACAGUUACAAAUGACAGAAUGAUAAUUGCAGGAAAAAGGGGGUCAAAUGGGGACUAAAUAGGUAUGAAAGGUAGAAUAAAAAAUUAAAAUGCACACAUUUAAAUUAGUGUCUUCAGGUAUCCAUUUUGCAAGCUGUUGAGGAUUUAAAUUGGCCAUACCCAUGUAUCAUCUGCUUGUUGAUGUGAUGGAUGCUGUCAGAUUUGAUGUCAUGCUUAGUCUGAUUUUAUAUAAACCCAGAUAUGGUAAGAAGCAACAUCCCAUGCUACCAGUAUGCUGAGUAAUGCAUUGCCAGUCUGUAGUAAAGAAUAUUUUGCAAGAUUGUUUUGCAAUUGCUUAUCAUUAGACAAAUGCAUUUAUGUACAAAGCUUUGCCAAGUCAGUUUCACAUGUAUAAGUUUUCUCACUAUAAUAUGAGAUGCAUCUAGUCUGAUUAUUUUUUUUUAAACAUACAUCCAACAGGCAAUGCAGAGUGUAAUCUUAUACAGCUUGCCAAGUCCCUCUUCCACUAAAUGUUUGCUUUUGCCCAUUAUUUCCACAUACUGCCAUCCUUAUCUGAGUUUUCUGUUCAAAAAAUAAUUUGUCCAUGUACCAACACAUGGCUAACUUACUUUUUUCCCCCAGCAGGCAAGACCGUCUUGGGCUCUGCUUCUGGGUUGGCUAUCCCUUCAACAGUUCACUUUGUAAAUCAAGUGGCAAGAUCAGAAGGCCAGCAAGACAAUGCAGAAUAAUAUGUUAUCACAAGUGCAGCAGCCACUUCAUUUAGAGUUUCUGUUUAUUUAAGCGUUUUUAACAUAUCCACAUGUCACUUACUCUUGGGAUUGCUUCACAGCAAGUCUUGUCACUGUACUCAGAACUAACUGAUGUGAAGUAAACUGCAAUUCCUGCACAUAAAUCUGAACACGUGUUCCUUCACAAUGGCUUAUUGAACCUAUUUAUUUUAGUUUUAGCAACCAGCUGUGUUUUUGGUAGCAAGCCAUUUCAGGGCUCCACUGAGAAUUCACAGCCAUUAGCGUAUGUCUGCCCUUCUACCACAGUUGCCGUAAAUGAAAACUGUGACCUGCAUCUCUGUAGGUGUGCUAGAACUGCCUCCAACCUCCUUUUUAGCCAAGUUUUUUCAUUCACAUCCAUUGUGUCAUCCCGUAAUGCAUGCCAUGUAAUGGCUCAUUUGUACUUGGGUAUAUCUUGUGGUAGAUCACACCACUUCUUUUAUAGUAUUGAAUAAGGAUAACUUCUGAAUGACGGAGAGUAGCUACAGUACCUUGCCAUCACCAAAUAUACCAGCAAUGCCCAGAGCACUUCUUUUCCAGCCUUCACUGUAGUACCCCAGUUGGGUGCCACUGGCUUUCAAACAACUACCGUAUUUCAUUAUCCAUGGAGCCACUUUGCAUCUGCAUAUUGUGUGUUUUAAAACAACACAGCUCAUUUUCAACAGAAAAAAAAUGUAUGUUUCACUGUAUGGCUGAUUAUCAGUAUUACCAUUGUUUUGCUAUUCUGCAGCUAGAUAUGUUAGUGUUGCUGUAACAUAGUAACUGCACUAUUUUACACACCGCACUUUGCACUUUUAAUGUUUUAAAUAAUGGAAAAGAUUUAGCCACAGACCUCUGAUCCCAGAAUUACAAGAAUUAACAUUGUUGCCACUGCCCUGUUUCUGAACAUGUAAUGGGAAACUGCACACUGUAUAUUUUAGGAAAGAACAUGAGAAAGGUGGUGCUCUGCUGUGUUUUUUGGUACUCUGAUGGUCUGACAAGUUGGGGUUGAUGCAUUUGUAUACCCGCUAACUGUUCUGAUUACAGCAUUCACCAUCAGCCAUAAAAAUACAAGUCAGAUCAGUUAGAAGAAAAAAAUAAUCUGAAAAAAAUCUUUUUUUUUCUCAUUUCUCAGAAUACGACAGCCAGUUCUUUGUGAGAGUUAACUGCUUAUUUUGCCAUAUUGGUAGUGAAAUAACAAGCUUUUUUAACAGAUUCUAAUAACUUUCUGUGGAGUUUUCUGAUCUGGUCUUUGCUUUUGCAUAUGCCCACCUAUACAUAUAUAGAUAGAAACAAUUGCGUUUAGCAGACAUUAAAUGAUAUUUUUUCCAAAGUCUAGUAUUAUCUUGGUGUCCCAUUACAGAGCGCUAAUAUAUGAAUUCUGUUUCACAAACAUGGAAUAGUGGUGACUAUGGUGUACUUGAUUACAUUUUUAAUUCCUAUAACAUUCUUUCUUUUCUUAUUCCAUUAUGCAAAAAAUACUGUGUGCAUAUAGACAGAAGUUUUUCAAAAUAUUGCUACAGUCGUGGUGGUGUUUGUAUCACAUGUUGGAAGGAAAGACGUUUCAAUGAAUGAUGGUUGUAUUUCUGGAAUUUGUUCAUUGUUCUUUUUAUGGAGUUUAUCAUGUAUUCUUCAUUGUAUUAUAAGAAUAUAUUAAUAAAACAAUUUAUUAAAUUCA